GGCAGGAGGAAGGAAAAACGAAAUAGCAAUUGGCUUUUUUCGCGUACAGAAGUACUAGUUCCCCUGGAAGGAAAACAAUCAAAACAAUACAGUCAGUAAUUAUGAAACAAAAGGAAAAUCAAAACCAAAAUCUUUCACAAAAAUCGAAAUCGGAUCUCUCGCUCUCUCUCGGUCCGUUCUUUUCUACCACUUAACCCCGACCGCCACGGCGCCACCGGGUUUCCCCCACUUUCACGGUACAUUUCCCCUUCUCUUUCCACUUCUGCCUCCACCCGCCGGGUUUAUUCUUCGCCGUCGCCUCCUCGCCGGACCGAUCUGAACUUCUACUUCCCAAGCAAGGGAGCUUCCUUGUGCUGCCGGCGGCGACGCGAUCCGUUUCGUUUCCGGUACUUUCUUCCGCGUAUUCUGCGAUCUUGUUGGUUCCUCCGUCGUUCUCGCCUUAUCCAUCGGUCUCCGUUCCUGUUCAUUUUCCCCGUCGUUAAUUCAAUUUUGCGAGUCGGAAUCAAGCCACCGGAAUUACGACCUGUAAGACGAGGGGGAUCGGAGAGGGAGAAUAAAAAUGGCGGAGGAGAAGCCGAGCAGCAAGGUGGAGAGUGAACCCAAGGAGACAGUUAAUGUCGCUGCCGAUAAGACGAAGCGCAAGGGGAUUAUGUCUAGGGUUUGGAAUACUAUUUUUAGACUACACGGUGGCGAUGAUUUUGAGAAGCGGCUGCAAUACAUUUCUAAGGAGGAAGCUGCUGUAUUAACUAGAAUGAAGAAGCGAUCUCUCACUUGGAGAAAGAUGACCAGGAACCUUAUUGCCUUCUCGGUUCUAUUCGAGUUCAUUGCGGUGGGCUAUGCUAUCAUGACCACAAGAACAGAGGAUUUGGAUUGGAAGAUGAGAGCAUUUCGAGUUUUGCCGAUGUUUCUCUUGCCGGCUUUCUCCUCUAUUGCUUACUCCGGUUUUGUAAACUUCACAAAGAUGUGUGACCGCAGAGACCAGAAAACCCUAGAGAGGCUUCGUGCCGAAAGGAAACAAAAAAUUGAUGAGCUGAAAGAGAAGACAAAUUAUUACACCACUCAGCAACUCAUUCAGAGAUAUGAUCCAGAUCCAGCAGCUAAGGCUGCAGCUGCAAGUGUCCUAGCAUCUAAGUUGGGUGCUGAAUCAGGGUUGAAGUUGUACGUCGGUGAAGAAUCAGGGUUUACUGAAUCCACAGGAAAAAGCAGAGAUGCUGAGGUUGUCCAAUCCAGUGGUCUUCGAAACAGAAAACAAGGACAGGCUAGAUCCAGAAGUGCAGGGAGCACUCCGGUGCAUCCUUCCAAUGACAAUUCACCGCGUUCCAUGCUAAGUGAAGGAACCCUUUCUGAGCAUGAACCGGUUGUUGUUGAGCAUCACAACCCCCAGGCAGCUCCUGUGAGUGAUGGGGGAUGGAUAGCUCGGUUGGCUGCGUUAUUAGUAGGCGAGGAUCCAGCUCAUUCUUAUGCACUGAUAUGUGGCAACUGCCAUAUGCACAAUGGGCUCGCUAGGAAAGAGGAUUUCCCAUACAUUACUUACUACUGCCCGCACUGUCACGCCCUCAAUCAGCCUAAGCAAUCAGGGACUGUUUCUGGACUCAGUACCCCUAGUUUGAGUGCUUUGAAACCUGGGGUUAUAGUUGAAGAAAUCAAUGACGAAGCUGUUGAUCCUGGCUCCCCAACAACAGACAGUGUGGUUAUGAGCAACAGCGGCGUUAAAGGUGCUGCUGCCCCUGAGAUUCAGGAACAAGCUGGAAAGGCAGCGGCCGACGAAUCAGCGAGCUAAAUAUUUGGAUGUAUAUUGUCAAUGGAGAUCAGAUUUUGUUUUGCUUUGACCAGCUCCUUCUCUGUCUCUGUCUCUCUCUCUGUCUCUGUCUCUCUCUCUUGCGGGAUAACAUGAGCUUGAUUGCUGCUGAACUUGUAAUAUGCUUGGCUUGUGUAAUAGAACAACCCUUGAGCUUUUCUUUUGUGAAUUUCUUUACUAUGUGAUGACAUUUAAGUCUCUAUACACACAGUUAGGUCCACCUCGCUCUUUAUUUUGGGCAUCUCGUCCGUUUCCUUAGUAUCAGUGCUCUGGCUUCUACACAUCACAUACCCAGCUG